AUGGACAGGCUAAAGUUACAAAGUUUGAUCAUUCAAACCGUGCGAGUAUAUUCUACAAACUACAAGGAACUGUCUACUAUUAUAAGUGUGACUAGCCAAGAAGUAACAUGGCAACAGAUCCAGAAUAAAGUAGUAAAAGUAAAACUUUUGGUGGUAAUGAGUAGCACAAAACUGGAUUUGGAUGGUGCUUUGUGUCUACACAAAAUAAACUAUUCAUUCGCCGUCGCGAUACUCAGCAAACCCAAUUUUAGUGCACUGUGGCGAAUGGAUACACAUUUGCCGUAUUUUGUACUCACCAGACCAGACCAGACCAGACAGUAUUUCAUCCUUAAUGAGAUUUUUAGCUGA